AUGAGCUCAACACAGGCGGAGGAGGAGGAGAAGGAGGCGAAAACUGUCGUCACUCCAGAGCAGCCGACUACUACUACGACUACUGAGGUUGAUGCUGUGGAGAAGAGGAAGCGACAACUUGAGAAUCUUGGUCGAUCUGGAGGUGUGUACAUUCCUCCAUUUAAAUUGGCGAGAAUGCAAGCUGAGGCAGCGAAGGAAGCGAAGGAAGCUUUUGGUCCUGAAGUCCAACGGCAGGAGUGGGAAGCAUUGAGGAAAUCCAUAAAUGGUUUAGUGAAUAAAGUAUCAGUUGGGAAUAUAAAGGACAUAGUUCGAGGGGAACUAUUCACGUUGAAUCUACUACGAGGGAAGGGGCUCUUUGCAAGAGCUAUAUUAAGAGCACAGAUGGCCUCUCCAGGAUUCACUCACGUAUAUGCGGCGUUGGUGGCAGUGGUAAAUUCCCGACUACCAGAAGUGGGAGAGCUGAUAGCGAACAGGGCUGCACUUAUGUUUCGGCGUGCAUAUGCUAGAAACGAUAAGAUAGUGUUGACGGCGGCAUGCAAGAUGUUGGCACAUCUCAUGAACCAGAAGGUUAUAUCAGAAUUCACUAUAAUGAGAGUGUGUCUGUUGUUCCUGGAGGAGCUCACUACCGAUAGUGUUGAAGUAUGUCAGUUGGAAAACAAGAGGGUGCAAUAUGCGAUUGAGAACUUCUUUGCUAUAUUGCGGCAAAACUUCCUACCUGAUCAUGUUGGAGUUGUUCCCGAGUUGGAGCUGAUCGAUGAGGAAGAUCAGUAUACGCACGAUAUUGCCAUAAGAGAUGGGGAAAUUGAUGGUGAAAAUAUUUUGAAUAUUUUCAGGGCGGAAACCCCGGCACAGUAUAAGGAGGAGGAAGGGGAGUGGAAGGCAUUUAGUAAAUCGCUGUUAGAAGGAGAGAGUAGUGAUGAAGAGGGAGGAGGCGAGAGUGAUGGAGAGUCUUCGUCGUCAUCAUCGGAGGACAGCGAAGCGGAAGAAGAAGAGGAUGAGGAAGGACAGCAGCAGGCCAAGGCGACUCAAGAGAUUAUCGAUUACACUGAGCAAGCUACUGUUGAUCUACGACGAACAGUGUACUUGUGCAUCAUGUCGUCUGUGAACUUUGAGGAGUGCGUACAUAAGAUUCUCAGUCUGAAUAUUAGAGAGGGGCAGGAGAAAGAGAUCUGUACGAUGUUGAUCGACUGCUGUGCGAUGGAAAGGACGUUCAAUAGCUUUUAUGCUCUUCAGGCUGAACGCCUCAGUCGUUUGGUGGAAGUUUACCGACAGAAUUUCGAGGCCAAUUUCCUGGACCAAUACGAGACGUGUCAUCGACUCGAGACCAACAAGAUUCGUAACGUAGCGAAGUUUUAUGGUCAUCUUUUGGCGAGUGAUGCGAUAAGUUGGGAAGUAUUGAAGUGCAUUCAGUUGACUGAGGAGACCACUACUUCGGCUACACGUAUCUUUAUAAAGAAUCUUUUCCAGUAUCUCAGCGAGGUGUGGGGACUCCGUAAACUGUAUCACCGUCUAAACGAUCCGAAUUAUGAGGAAGCCCUUGCGGGUAUAUUACCGAAGGAUACGACCCAUCAUAUGAGAUUCGCCAUCAACUUCUUCUCGGCUAUCGGCCUUGGAGCGUUGACUAAGAAGCAUCGCCAACUUCUACAGGAGGUCCAAGCAAGGGAGGUUGCUGAGAGGGCUGCGGCCGCUGCGGUGGAGGAUGACUCGGAUGAGGAUAGCAGUAGUGAUGAUGAUGAUAGUAUUCCAUUCAAGUGUAUGAUAGCUAUGCUUUGCUAA